ACUUCACUCAGUGAUACAGAAAGGUGCACGCAGUGUGUGCCAGAUUUCAUUUUCUCGCCGUCGGAAACUCAUCGAAGGCUUCGUUUUCGAUUGUAAGAUGUCUUCCAAAAGCUACCUCCUGGGACACUUUGAUGCCCUUGACUUGCGUCUCUUACAAUUUGUGGAUCUCCCGUCGACGAUAUCGUGUGACUUGUGCGCCGUCAUUCCUGAGAAGAUCUUCAGGCUCGAAUGUUACCAUUCCCUUUGUGAGGUAUGUUACCAGAGCGUUCUUCGAAGCAACCGCGGGUGUCCGCUCGACAAGCAAGAGUUUCUCCAAAGCGAAGUGAUUAUUUUACCAAUUAGGACGACGCGCCUGCAGAAACUAGAGGCUCACUGUUUCAACUUCAACCAUGGAUGUAGUUUCGUUGGGUCGCUGGAACGAUUGAAAUCUCACUUCUUGAAGGACUGUGAGUUUCACGCGUUAGCUUGUAAGAAGUGUUGUGCCACAGUGUUCCGUAAAGACGUCGUGAACCAUUACAUGGAAGGACAGUGCGGGGAAGAAAAUAGACCGAGGGAAGAUGUUGAUAUUGACAGCAGUGUCGUUGAGAUUGGCAAAGAGAUCAACGCCUCACUAGUAAAUCUGGCCGAAAAGCUAUGCGCUAUUGAACACCAGCUAAACACACAUACUGUGGGGAUCGACACCACGAAAGAGUUCGUUGUGAAUUGUGCGCAGGUACUCCGCACAAUUCAAGAGGAACAUAGGCUCUCCACAGAGGGUGUAUCAAACAUGGCCAGUAGCCUGCACAGUGUUACGGAAGCGUUAUCUUCGGCUGAAGGGCAACAUAACAACCAAGUUGUAAAUGCCGCCGAAAUCAGGAACACCGUCACUUUCAACCGGGAGAGGCUAACUACUCUUGUGGAAAUGCAAAAAGAAGUGGCUCAGAACGUAGUGAGAUCGAUUGAAGGGUGGAAACAAUGCUCCGAAAAACUUGAAGCGAUGUCGAAAGGCACACAAAAUGAUUCGUCGUCGCCCGACGACAAAGUGAGUAGCGCGAGAAAUACGCCCAGAGUUCCACAGGCUCCCAUAGGAUACGGAGGCAGCGUUGCUUUUUUCCAUCUUCAAGACGUCGACAAGCUUGAGAAGGAGGCAAAGGAGUGGUGAGCAACCGUAAGGUUACAUGCAAGAAAGGGAGUCUCUCUGGGAUGACAAACGCUCAUCACCUCAUGAGGACAGAGUGGUUGAUGAAUGGCUCAUAUGUUCUCAAGCACAUGGAAACUUCAACAAAUAAUUCAUGAAAAAGCCAGUUGGUGCUAGCACCAGGAAUUGAACGUGGACCGUCCUGCUACCAGUCAGGGAUGUUACAUUUCAGGCACUCAUUGACUUUUGGUGAAUUACUUGUUGACUUUGUCCCAAGGUGGAACUCGCCACAGCUCAUUUGCCUAUCUGUUAAUGUUGCGGCGUGCGUUGUGUUUUUCUCUUUGUGUGUUCCAGGCUCAGAACGGUUACUUUGGAUCAGGUCAGGUACGUUUCAUUUAGACAUGGCAAACAGAACACAACUUAGCAGUGGCCUUCAUGCAUUACUGCUGUGGCCAUAAGCGUGAAUGGAAAGCUGCACAUUAUGUUCACUCUACCUUUAUCGAGUGCUAUGUAAUCUUGUUCAAGUUCUGUCAAACGAGUGUGUAAUGCUAUCAUAUAGCUCAGUACUUCCUUUGGAAUGAAUGGCCGGGCAUGAAUGCAGGAAGGAUACUGUCAUGUUAUGGCAAGUGUUUAUGUAUUGUACAUUUAACUACUAAUUUUAUUACUUAGCUUUCGUCGGAAUUUGGAACAUGUUGAUUUUAGUAGCCAGAGCAGCUGUUACACAGUGAGAACAUAGCUCGUGUGUGUUUGUAUUUUCCACCGCUGCCCUUGGUUUUCCUCCCUGACGUUACACAUGUCAGGGAUAGGUUUCAGAAUCGGUAGUUCAAGCCAAGUGAGAAUUGCUUUUCAGGGGAUCAUCACGCUGGCAGAUGAAACAUAUGGUUUAAAUUAUCUGCAGGACAGGAAUUGCGUAGUUUCACACAAAUACUACUACUACUACAACGUAAGAGUAGUUUCAAAUCUAGCUUUCUUGUGUUCCUGACAUUAUCGCACGAGAUGUAGUAUCCACUAUGAUCCUUUAUAUGGGGGGUAUGUACAGUGCAAUCAACAGAUGCUAUUUACAAAUCUGUGUUUCCUACUGUGUUCAAUUGGGGUAGUUUGUAUCUGAGAGCCAUAGUGAAACAAAGGUAGCCAAGGACAGACUUUUGAUGCCCUCGAGAAACUUGGCAACGCAUUGCAGGGACCCUGGAUAUAAAUUUCCAGAACACAGAGAUCAAGGCUGCAUUUAAACAAGUGGUGGUUAGAGAAAUCCAAGACAGUUGCAUGUGCAAGCACUCCGCUGUUGGAUUUGCUUCUGUCUGAGAUACGUGAUCUCAAGGGGGACGCACGGGCACACUCAGAAUUAUACUAGAGCUGCCUGUGAAAUAGAAUGAGGAGAGGGGAAGAUAUAUAACCCCUUUUUCUUGUCUAUUAUUCUGUUGGUUAAAUUGUCAUUUGUUUAACAGCAUAUACGUGUACAGUCAACCAUCGAUUUAUGAACCUUCCAUUUAUGAAUUCCCUCGUUUUAUGAACACGAGCACGGGGAACCAAACUUUUUCCAUCCAUUUUUCCCUCGUUUUAUGAGCCUCGAUAUUCGAAUAAUGAACGGAAUUUUUGAGAACCAACUAGGAGUUCCCCAGCGUUUUUGCCCUCAAUUUAUGAACGGAUCGUUCCGAGGUCAACAGAAACCUUCAAAGAGAUUAUUCCGUGGUCUGGCGUGAAUGACACCUGAACGGACAAAACGUUUUCCAGGUAUUGCACCCUCGGUUCUUAACCCCUCGAAAUCCGAACAACAAACAUGUUUUCCGAGGUCGCACCAGAUGCGACCAAGUGUUUCUGACCUCAGUAGAUGAAUGAAGUGGUCGGUGUCACCCAGAGAUUAAUAAACGGAGGUUAAAAAUCCCGGAGGAAAUCCAAGACCAGUCCAGUGCGAGUGUGGUGACAUUUCUUCUUUCCAAGAUUGACAGAGCGGAAGGCAUGGUCCAAAGCAAAAUUAAACAAUUUAGUAUUGCAUAAUAAGCAGAGUGUGAAUGCGCUAACGUCUGUUCUAUGUUUGAUUGAUACAGCAGAAGGCAUGGUCAAAAGCAAAAUUACACAAUAUAUGGCAUUAUAAACAAAAUAUCAACUCGGAAAUACUGUUCCAUUUGCUCGAUAGUACUCAGUUAACGGAAUUUUCGAUUUAUGAAUCCCUCGAUUUAUGAACGAUUUUUCGGGGAACCGAGGGUGUUCAUAAAUCGAGGGUUGACUGUAUAUUCCAGAGUCUGCUAAUAAAUAUAUCAGUUGAGAGCUAGCAGUCGCAUUGUAGCUGUCUCAUCCUGUCCUUGACUGUUUCUGUGUCACUAUGGCCAUGUUUGCUAAUAUUGCAACAAAAAGAAAAAAAACAGCAUAGAAAAACACAAAAACAACAACCUGGAAAGCUGCCCGUUCUAGUGCUCACAUGAAGGCAAUGCAAUGAAGUAACAUGUUCCAUUCAUGAACUGUACAUAGUAGUACACAUCACAAUGGAAACCGAUUAUUCAGAUUUUUCUUUAGCUACUUUGUCUUUUGGAGCUUUGAUUGUCCAGCCUAUUAUUGGAGCUUUAUGUGAUUCCCCUCCUGAGAUACUUUAAAGGGACAGUCGCAUCGACCACAGAUCGAUUCUGAAACCUCAGUGAAAUGAGAUUCCCCGUCCUUCACUGACCAUGACUCCGAAAGUGCCAUCCCGACCGACGGAAUACUUUUUGCAUAAUUCGUGUGUAAGCGGCGCUACAGCAGACGACGGAUGCGGGCGUCAAGCGGAACUCCCUGCUGAGAAUCUUUAGCAACGUCACAAGGAAUCUGACCAAUAAGAACGCGGCGAGCCAGAGGAGUACCCGCGCUUGCAGAAUAUACUACACACGUUCAUUCCCCUGCUUGCAGCUUGCAUGAGCAAGGUCAGGGGGACGAAGGCGAAGGCACAUACGGAGAUGGCGGACUCGGAACGCGGAAGUGGCGAAUCGUGCUGUUCAAAUGUCUUUAGUAAUAGCUCCCGUGACGAAUAUACAUGUUUGAUGACGGCCCAUAUUCGACGGAUCCGCUUCCUCUGCAAGUCGCUGGUGAUGCACGUGCCGCAGCUGCGUUAGCGCAACAGAACGAGCCUCAGGACCACUGCUUUAGGUACGUUCAUGGUCGGAGUGCUCAAUACUUGAUCCCGUGACAUUCACUACGACGCAGGAAACAAUCCAAGUGUCUGUGCUCCCCAGGAACCCGAUGAGUAGUUAUAUGCUGCAGUGCUGGUAAAGUGGCAGAGUUGUGCAAUGACGGCGAAGUACAGUGUAAGCACGCAUCACACUUUGUUCCCAGCUCUCUGUCUUCGGCCAGAACUUCUGGUGGUGUAUCCACGGCAGUAUUGCAGCGAUGAUCACAGUCUUCGCCUACUGUACCCACGAUAGAUAGGCACGUUGAGCCAUCCUUAUUUUCGUAGUUGUCGCCGUUGUUUGCACACACGACGAAUGCCCAAUGAAAGUUACGAAGGCUCUAUCCAACUGUGCAACUCAAGGGCCUGGUUAGAAUUAGAAUGAUUAUCAGGAAAUUACUGUGCUACGUGUGUAGGAAAGUGUCAUUUCUUUUUACAGCUACGUCAGGUUCACUGCUUAUUGGGUGUUUACAAGCCGAGUUUGGAGAUUCCUUGGACCGAGCAACAGAUGACAGAUACCUGGGUGUGUCGUCCGCAUGAUUCGCCAACGUUUUUCCAUCCCGGUCCUAUCAGGGCUAUCAUCUUUAGUGUGCCUCAUUUCCUGUUCACACCUACACCAUAACAGACUUGCGUAGUUUCCAAUUGAGAAGUGAGAAACAGAGCCUGUGUUACCACAGUAAUCCCGAGAAGUGCAAAGAAAUAUGCAGGAGCAAUAAACUACCUGGCCAUAAGUGACAGUUAUACUCUUAAUGGUAGUGUAAUGCUUCUUAUCGUUGGCAUUACAUGUGAGUGAUAUAACACGUCAAAUAAUUUCAGGUAAUGUUUCAUAACUCACUAAUGGUACAGUUACACCUCGUUAUCAUAGUAAAUGAUACAUCUGUCUGGGAAUGUCCACAAUUUGUCAUUCCCACGGAAGAUUGUUCUGCCUUGAUACAGCAAAAACAAAUUUUGAUACCUGUCAUUGAUCCAAUUUUUUUAGCACCACUGUUUUGAAAACAGCUUUCAAGACUGUAACUUCAGAGAUCCUUGGCAGAGCAUUACCCUUUGUCUAUGUAUUAUAAUUAUUAUAAUGACAGGCAAUAAGUUACGCAAAUGUGAAUAAAUCUGUGUUGACUGA